AUGGAGGCGUUGGUAGGCGGCAACUCUUCGACCGCGGCAGCGGUUACCUUCAUUACAUUCGUGCAAGACCUCAAGAAGAAGACGAAAACAUGGGGCCCCAUGAUAGAACUCUGCGCCUCGGGAGAGAAGACGCUCGAACGAUUCCGAUACCAGUUUCCCGAAGACUGGCUGUACAGCGACCAGCUGCGUGGAGAAUGGAGUGCUUACAACGAGAUUCUGAAGAGGAAGAAUGACUCUAUCCAAGAGCAACUUGCUGGUCUACAGCUCAAGAUUGUCGCGGAGGACAAGAUCAUAGAGAACAAGAUUAACGACGUCCUCACCGAAUGGGAGCAAACCCGUCCCGUGAAUGGUAACAUGCGCGCCGAUACGGCUAUGAACACCAUCAACGUUUUUGAAGGCAAAUUGACCCGAGUACAAGACGAGUACGACCUCCUCUGUCGUGCUAAGGAAGCCCUUGACCUCGAACUUAUACGCCACACGCGUCUCGAGCCCGUCUUUGAGGAACUUCGUGACCUGAAGGCCGUCUGGACAGCACUCUCCGGUAUCUGGAGUCAGAUCACGGAGCUUAGAGAGAUGGCGUGGGCGACGGUGCAGCCGAGGAAGCUCAGACAGCAUAUAGACGGGUUGUUGAACAGCACGAAGGACAUGCCAACAAGGAUGAGGCAGUACGCUGCGUUUGAGUACGUGCAGGAGGUGUUGAGAGGAUUAUUGAAGUCGAACGCCAUCGUUGGAGAGUUGAAGAGCGAUGCGUUGAAGGAUCGCCACUGGAAGCAGUUGUUCAAAGUGUUGAGGAUGCCUACGCAACCGAGUCUGACUUUGAUGACGCUCGGGACAGUUUAUGACUUGGACUUGAAGAAGAACGAGAGCUUGAUCAAGGAGGUCAUCGUGCAGGCUCAAGGGGAGAUGGCUCUGGAGGAGUAUAUCAGACAGGUCAAGGAGAUCUGGACCAACUACACGCUCGACUUGGUCAACUACCAGAACAAAUGCCGACUGAUCAGAGGCUGGGACGACUUGUUCAACAAGUGCAGUGAGAACUUGAACUCGUUGGUAGCCAUGAAACUGUCUCCAUACUACAAAGUCUUCGAGGAAGAGGCAAGUUCUUGGGAGGAGAAGCUCAACAGGAUCCACGUUCUGUUCGACGUCUGGAUCGACGUGCAGCGUCAAUGGGUGUACUUGGAAGGUAUCUUCUCAGGAAGUGCCGACAUCAAGCAUCUCCUUCCCGUCGAAACUGCACGUUUCCAGAACAUCAACACCGAGUUCUUAUCCGUCAUGAAGAAAGUGUACAAGUCGCCAUUCGUUCUCGAUGUCAUGAACAUCCAGCAGAUUCAGAAGUCCCUCGAGCGACUCGCCGACUUACUCAACAAGAUCCAGAAGGCACUCGGCGAAUAUCUCGAGCGAGAGCGUGCGUCGUUCCCUCGGUUCUACUUCGUCGGAGACGAGGAUCUUCUCGAGAUCAUUGGUAACAGCAAGGACAUCCUUCGAAUCAUGAAGCAUCUCAAGAAGAUGUUUGCUGGUAUCUCAACCAUCAGGCUUGACGAUGACUUGACAGAGAUUCAGGGCAUGUCGUCGAGAGAAGGAGAGGAGGUUCCCUUCUCGGAACCUAUACUGCUGAAAGACUUCCCGAAGAUCAACGACUGGUUGGCCAAGAUCGAGUCGUCGAUGAGAGUCUCAUUGGCGAAUCUGCUGUGCAAUGCCGUUGCGGAGCUACAGGAGUUCUACGGAUUGGGCUCGACCGUGCCCAUGGGCAGAUUUUUGGAGUGGGUCGAGAAGUUCCCCGCUCAGCUCGUCACCCUCGCUAUCCAAGUCGCUUGGACCAACUCCAUCGAAGUCGCCUUUGAGAGUUCUCAGUCCCUCGAAGGUCCUCUCGACACCGUCAGCAGCAGUCUCGACUUGCUAGCCGACGUUGUGCUCACCGAGCUCAAGCCUGUCACCCGUCGCAAGUGCGAGCACCUCAUCACCGAACUCGUCCACCAGCGUGACGUUACCCGUCAGCUCAUUCAACAACGCGCCACCGACAACAGCGCCUUCUCAUGGCUUUACCAGAUGCGUUACUACCUCGACCGUAAUGCCUCAGAUCCCCUCGAAUGCCUCGCAAUUCGUGUCGCGGACGCUUCCUUCCCCUACGGCUGGGAAUAUCUCGGUGUCCCAGACCGCCUCGUGCAGACGCCGCUCACUGAUCGCUGCUAUCUCACCCUUACCCAAGCUUUGGACAACCAGCUCGGUGGUGCUCCAUUCGGUCCUGCAGGAACCGGGAAGACAGAGUCCGUCAAAGCGCUUGGUGUUCAACUCGGACGAUUCGUACUUGUCUUCUGUUGUGACGAGACGUUCGAUUUCCAAGCUAUGGGUCGUAUUUUCGUCGGUCUUUGUCAGGUCGGAGCGUGGGGAUGUUUCGACGAGUUCAAUAGGUUGGAGGAGAGGAUUUUGAGUGCCGUUAGUCAGCAGGUGCAGAGCAUUCAGCAGGGUUUGGCUGCGUUGGUGAAGAACCCGAAUGCGGAGAUUGAGUUGGUGGGAAAGAACUUGAAGAUCAACAAGAACAUCGGUAUUUUCAUCACGACUAACCCUACAUAUGCCGGUCGGUCUCAACUCCCUCCCAAUUUGACCAAGCUGUUCAGACCGAUGGCCAUGACCCGUCCCGACCGAGAGCUUAUCGCUCAAGUCAUGCUGUUCUCCCAGGGUUUCCGUACCGCCGAAUCUCUCGCUUCGAAAAUUGUUCCCUUCUUCAACCUUUGCGACGAGCAACUCUCCCCGCAGCCCCAUUACGACUUCGGUCUCCGUGCACUCAAGGCCGUGCUUGCCAGUGCUGGUAUUUUGAAACGUGAACGUCUCCAGGCAGCUCGAGAGGCUGGUGAGGAAGCUGAUGUCGGGGGAUUGUCGAACUCUGUCGCGGAGCAGGUCAUCGUGAUCCAGAGUGUCACCGAGACCAUUGUUCCCAAAUUGGUUGCAGACGAUGUGCCGCUAUUGACGAGCCUUCUCGCAGAUGUGUUCCCAGGUACCGACUACGUCCCAGUCGACCUCGAUGCCCUUCGCGAGCAGAUUGGGAUCGUCUGCAAGGAGCGACGUCUUGUGGAGGGUGAUCGUUGGGUGGAGAAGAUCCUUCAGCUCUACCAGAUCCAAAAGAUUCAGCACGGUCUCAUGAUGGUCGGCUCCUCUGGAAGCGGGAAGACAAAUGCCUGGCAGGUCUUGCUCAAGGCACUCGAGCGAUUGGACGGCGUCGAGGGUAUUUCGUAUGUCAUUGACCCGAAGGCGAUGCACAAGGAUGCGCUGUACGGAACGCUUGACCAGACCACUCGUGAGUGGAACGAUGGUCUGUUCACUCACGUUCUGCGGAAGAUCGUGGAUGAUGUCCGUGGUGAGAGUGGCAAGAGGCAUUGGAUCAUCUUUGACGGUGAUGUCGACCCGGAGUGGGUCGAGAAUUUGAACAGUGUGCUGGACGACAACAAGCUUUUGACGCUUCCCAACGGCGAACGUCUCAAUCUCCCAUCAAACGUUCGCAUCAUGUUCGAAGUCGAGCACCUUCGCUACGCCACUCUGGCCACUGUCAGCCGUUGCGGUAUGAUCUGGUUCAGUGAGGACGUCGUGGAACCAUCCAUGGUCUACCGUCAAUACCUGGAUUCACUUUCUUCGACUCCCUUGGACGCCGAGGAUGAUGAAGCGUUCGAAGGCAUAGGGCGUCGUGCCGAUGAAGCUGCAAACGAGGCCAUGAGCGCCAACUUGAUGACGCAGAGGCAAGUUGCAGGGCUCCUCGAACCUUACUUCGCAGAAGGCGAGUUGGUCAGCUCUGCGCUGGAGUAUGCUUCUACUAUGGAGCAUAUCAUGGAUUUCACUGCGACUCGCGCCCUCAACACCCUCUUCUCGCUCAUUAACAAGACGGUCCGCAACAUCCUCGAGUAUAAUGCCCAACAUUCCGAUUUCCCCCUCUCUGCGGAACGCGUUGAACAGUAUGUUAGCAAACGAUUACUUGUCAGCAUCAUCUGGGCAUUCUCCGGUGACUCGAAACUCGAUCUUCGCGCGGAGCUCGGCGAGUUCCUCACCAAGCAGACCGGAAUCGACUUACCUCCACUUGGACCAGGAAGUUCUCUUAUCGACUUUGACGUCCAGACUAAUAGCGGAGAGUGGUCAGCAUGGGCUGCGAAGGUCCCUACCAUCGAGAUCGAGGCACAGGCCGUCACCGCUUCAGACGUCGUGGUGCCUACCAUGGAUACUGUCCGUCACGAGGAGGUCCUCUACUCAUGGCUUUCAGAGCACAAACCUCUCAUGCUCUGUGGUCCUCCCGGUUCAGGAAAGACCAUGACGCUCUUCAGUGCUCUGCGCAAACUACCAGACAUGGAGGUCGUCGGCCUGAACUUCUCCAGUGCCACGACACCGGAGCUCAUCCUGAAGACCUUCGAGCAGUACUGCGAGUACAGGAAGACGCCCAAUGGAGUCAUCCUCGCUCCUAUCCAGCUCGGUCGUUGGUUGGUCGUAUUCUGCGAUGAGAUCAAUUUGCCGGCUGCAGAUAAAUAUGGCACGCAGAGGGUCAUCUCGUUCAUCCGCCAGCUGGUCGAGUGCGGUGGUUAUUGGAGAACGACCGACAUGGCCUGGGUCAAGUUGGAGCGGAUUCAAUUUGUCGGUGCUUGCAACCCUCCUACAGACCCUGGUCGUGUUCCUCUCAGUCACAGGUUCCUUCGACACGCUCCUCUUGUCAUGGUCGACUACCCUGGAGAGGUGUCACUCAAGCAGAUCUACGGGACUUACACCCGCGCCUUGCUCAAGGUCGUACCCAACCUUCGUGGCCACGCCGAACCUCUCACGGAUGCGAUGGUGUCGUUCUACCUGGCCUCGCAGAAGCGCUUCACAACCGAUGUGCAAGCUCACUAUGUCUAUUCUCCUCGUGAGCUCACUCGUUGGGUACGUGGUAUCUACGAGGCAAUUCGUCCCCUGGAGUUGCUUUCAGUCGAAGGGCUUGUUCGUGUAUGGGCACAUGAGGCUCUGCGUCUUUUCCAAGAUCGUUUGGUCUCCGAAGAUGAAAAACAGUGGACCGACGAUAACAUCGAUAUGACCGCCAUGGAGCACUUCCCCACCAUCGACAAGAACGAAGCUCUUGCGCGUCCAAUCCUGUUCUCGAACUGGACGUCGAAGCACUACAUUCCUGUGGACAGGGAUACUCUUCGAGAGUACACCAAGGCUCGUCUGCGCGUUUUCUACGAGGAAGAGCUCGACGUUCCGCUCGUGUUGUUCAACGAUGUCCUGGACCACGUUCUCAGGAUCGAUCGUGUCUUCCGCCAGAUUCAGGGUCAUCUGCUGCUCAUUGGUGUCAGUGGUAGCGGAAAGACUACCUUAUCACGUUUUGUCGCAUGGAUGAAUGGUCUCAGCAUCUUCCAGAUCAAAGUCUCGAACAAGUACACCGGUGACGAUUUCGACGAGGAUUUGCGAACGGUCCUUCGGCGCGCUGGAACCAAGGGGGAGAAGAUUUGCUUCAUCAUGGACGAGUCGAACGUCCUUGACUCUGGUUUCCUUGAACGCAUGAACACACUCUUGGCCAACGCCGAAGUUCCAGGUCUAUUCGAAGGCGAUGAACAUUCGGCAUUGAUGACCGCUUGCAAGGAAGGCUCGCAACGCGAUGGUCUCAUGCUGGACUCUCACGAAGAAUUGUAUCGCUGGUUCACUCAACAAGUCGCGAAGAAUCUCCACGUCGUCUUCACCAUGAAUCCUCCGGAGAACGGUUUGGCGUCUCGUGCUGCGACCUCUCCCGCCUUGUUCAAUCGUUGCGUGCUCGAUUGGUUCGGUGACUGGUCCGAUCAGGCCUUCUUCCAAGUCGGCAUGGAGUUUACACACACACUCGACUUGGACCUGUCGUCAUACUCGCCGCCGGCGAUCUUCCCCAUCGCGUACAGGGAGCUGGUUAUGCCGCCUGUUCAUCGUACGGCUGUGGUCAAUGCUUUGGUGCACGUCCAUAUGUCGCUAUACAAUAUCAAUCAACGCCUCAGCCGUCGCCAAGGCCGUUACAACUACGUUACCCCUCGUCACUAUCUCGAUUUUAUCAACCACUACGUCCGCCUAUACAGCGAGAAGCGCGACGAGCUGGAGGAGCAGCAACGCCAUCUUCAUGUCGGUCUCGAUAAGCUUCGAGACACUGUCACCCAAGUCGAGGACCUUCGGAAGAGUCUUGCCAUCAAGCGUACUCAACUGGAGGCGAAGAACGCAGAGGCCAACGAGAAGUUGAAGCAGAUGGUUUCCGACCAGCAGGAGGCCGAGCAGAAGAAGGCCGCGUCUAUUGAGAUCCAAGCCGCGCUCGUUGAACAGGACAAGCACAUCGCGCAGCGUAGGAAUGUGGUCAUGGCUGACCUCGCGGAUGCCGAACCCGCCGUGCUCGAUGCCCAAGCCGCCGUCAGCAACAUCAAGAAACAACACCUCCAGGAAGUGCGUUCAAUGGCCAAUCCUCCCGAGGGUGUCAAAGUCGCUAUGGAGUCCGUUUGUACCGUUCUGGGCCACAAGAUCGACAGCUGGCGUACGGUGCAGGGUAUCAUUCGUCGUGACGAUUUCAUCCAGCGCAUCGUGAACUUCGACACGACCAACCAGAUGACCAAACAGCUACGUGAUCUCAUGAAGAAGGACUUCCUCAGUCGACCUUCGUUCAACUUCGAGACUGUCAAUCGUGCCAGUAAGGCUUGCGGUCCCUUGGUCAAGUGGGUGCUCGCACAAGUGAAAUUCUCUGAGAUCUUGGACAAGGUCGAGCCUUUGCGUAACGAAGUGCAAUCUCUGGAGGACCAGGCUAAGGAGACGAAGAACCAAGCCGCCACAAUCAUCACUAUGAUCGCCGAGCUGGAGGCCAGUAUCACCCGGUACAAGGAUGAAUACGCCCUGCUCAUCAGUGAGACCCAGUCCAUCAAAUCCGAGAUGGAGCGCGUCGAAGGCAAGGUCGACCGUAGUAUGAAGCUUUUGGGCAGUUUGUCGUCCGAGAGGGAACGUUGGGAGUCGGGCAGUCGUACAUUCGACGCAGAGAUGAGCACCAUCGUCGGAGACGUUCUUCUAUCCGCCGCCUUCCUCGCAUACGGUGGUUUCUUCGACCAACACUACCGUGAGGGCAUGUGGCAGGAGUGGAUGAGCCACUUGGUCGAUGCGAAUAUCAAGUUCAAGCCCGAGCUGUCCUUCACCGAGUAUUUAUCGACAGCCGACGAUCGCCUCAGCUGGCAGUCGAAGGGCUUGCCUUCCGACAACCUUCAAACGGAGAAUGCUAUCAUGAUCAAACGCUUCAGUCGAUACCCCCUCAUCAUCGACCCUACUGGUCAGGCGACGGCGUUCCUACUAAACGAGUACAAGGAUCGCAAGAUCACGGUGACUAGCUUCUUAGAUGAGGCGUUCCUGAAGGUCUUGGAAAGCGCCCUCCGAUUCGGUAACCCGCUCCUCAUUCAAGACGUCGAGCAUCUCGAUCCCAUCCUGAACGCUGUCUUGAACAAGGAGAUUCGUCGCACCGGUGGUCGUGUCCUCAUUCGUCUCGGCAGUCAAGAUAUCGACUUCUCGCCUUCCUUCACGAUGUUCUUGUCAACUCGCGACCCGUCCGUCGAAUUCUCGCCCGACAUUUGCAGUCGUGUCACCUUUGUCAACUUCACCAUGACCCGUAGCAGUUUGCAGAGCCAGUCCCUCGACCAGGUUCUCAAAGUCGAACGUCCCGAUACCGAACAAAAACGAACGGAUUUGAUGAAGGUCCAGGGUGAAUUCCGCGUCCGGCUCCGUACCCUUGAGAAGCUUUUGCUCCAAGCUCUCAACGAAUCUACAGGUAACAUCCUCGAUGACGACAAGGUUAUCGAUACGCUGGAGACUCUGAAGCGCGAAGCAGCGGAGAUCACUCGCAAGGUCGAGGAGACGGAUAUCAUCAUGCGUGAGGUUGAACAGGUCACUGCCGAGUACCUCCCCUUGGCCCAGGCAUGCAGCGCUGUCUUCUUCAUCCUCGAACAGCUCAACUUGGUCAAUCAUUUCUAUCAGUUCUCCCUUCGGUUCUUCCUCGACAUCUUUGAGUUCAUCCUUCACCACAACCCAAAUCUCCAAGGUGUCACCGAUCAUAAUACGCGUCGUGAGAUCCUGAUGAAGGAUCUGUUCCUCACCGUCUUCAAGCGAACCUCAAGGGCUCUUUUCCAUCGCGACCAUGUCAUGCUUGCUGUGCUCCUUGCGCAAGUCAAAGUACGCGGCUCCGAGGAGAUUUCUGACGAGUUGGAGUUCCUGCUCGAAAGUGGGGAUGGUACCACAGCAGCUGCGGGUUCGGCGUCGGAGAACGCGCUGGCUGGUCUCACGUCGGAGCAGCAGCACCGCUUAGAGGUGUAUGCGAAACAACCCCUGUUCAGACCCGUUCAGAACCAUAUUGCGGAACACGAGGAAGAAUGGGCUACAUUCCUCCAGUCAAGUACUCCGGAGACCUCUGUCCCUUCACCAUGGGAGCCUAGCACUCCCUCUGUGGAUGCUCUUCGCUCGCUACUCGUCAUCAAGUGUCUCCGACCCGAUCGUCUGCUGCAAGCCACCGCAGGAUUCGUUCGCGUCUCAUUCGGCAUUGAUGUCGGCGUGGAAGCGGCGUACGACCUUGCCGCCAUGGUGGCCACCGAGAUCCCCGCUCAGACACCUCUCGCUUUGGUUUCCGUCACUGGAUACGAUGCCAGUUACCGCGUAGAGAGUCUCGUCCAAAACACGCAGUCUCGAUGCACCUCUGUAGCAAUGGGUUCACAGGAAGGUUUCUCUCUUGCAGACCAGGCCAUCGCCACAGCCUCGCGGCAAGGUACAUGGGUGUUGCUCAAGAACGUCCAUCUUGCGCCGUCAUGGCUCGGCCAGCUCGAAAAGAAGUUGCAGACCCUCAAUGCUCAUCGCAAUUUCCGUCUAUUCUUGACUAUGGAGGCGAACCCAUCUAUCCCUGUCAACAUUCUACGUCAAUCCCGCAUCAUCAUGAACGAGCCUCCCCCUGGAAUCAAAGCCAAUCUCCUUGACUCCCUUCGCAGCAUUCCAUCUAACCGUCUUUCACAAGGGCCCGCCGAGAAGGUCCGCCUAUAUUUCCUGCUUGCCUGGUUCCAUGCUGUCACACAAGAACGUCUUCGCUAUGUACCCCUUGGCUGGAGCAAGCCGUACGAUUUCAACGAUUCCGAUAUGGCGUCCGCCUUCACUACAAUCGACGCAUGGUGUCGCUCGGUUGCGAAGGGCAAAGCGAACAUCGACCCUGCGCUCAUUCCAUGGGAUGCUCUUCGAACGCUCAUCAAACAGUCCGUGUACGGUGGACGUGUGGAUAGCGACUUCGAUCAGAGGAUCCUGGACGCGUUUGUCGACAAUCUGUUCACUCCGGCAGCUUACAACGUCGAUUUCAACCUUGUUCCAAACACAGGUGCCAGUCAAACGUUGACAGCUCCUGAGGGAACGAAGAUCGAUCAAUUCCUGGCGUGGGUCAGAGGCUUGCCAGAUCGCGAACCUCCAUCGUGGCUGAGCUUGCCGCCGACUGCAGAGCGUGUCAUUGCUGUGGCGCAAGGUAAUGAGCUCUUGGGCAAACUUCGGAAGAUGAGAACACUGGCAGACGACGACGACGAUGCUACUCCUGCGGCUGGGCCAUCAAUGGGACAAACGUCGCAACAGCCGGCAUGGAUGCGAACCCUCCUGGACAAGUGCCGUGAAUGGUUGGCUCAGCUCCCAUCGAGUUUCAACGUUUUGACAAAGCAGACUGGGGACAAUCAAGAUCCGCUCUAUCGUUUGUUCGCUCGUGAGGGCAGCAUUGGCAAAAACCUCCUUGGGCAGGUCAGGAAGGAUCUUGCCGAUGUCGUCAAGGUUUGUGAGGGCGAGCUGAAGCAGACUAAUCAUCUGCGUACGUUGAUGAGUUCGCUGACGAAAGCCACGAUCCCAGUCCAUUGGCGGCGAUACAAGGUCAAGAGGACCAUGGCCGUCUCUGAGUGGAUCCCGGACUUGGCUCGUCGACUCGCCCAGCUCGACAAUCUUGCUUCGCUAGAUACGCUCUCGAACAUCGAAAUCUGGCUCGGAGGUCUGUUCUUCCCCGAAGCCUAUAUCACUGCGACGAGGCAGGCCGUGGCACAUCGCAAGAAGUGGAGUUUGGAGACGCUUCACUUGCGCCUCGACAUUGAGCGCAUGAACGACCCUGAGGCCUUUAUUGUUGAUGGACUGGUUCUGGAGGGUGCUUCGUGGGCCGAAGAUCAAUUGUUCUUGAACGACGGGGAGUCCGUUCGGCUUAACCCGUCUCAGAUUCGUUGGAUCCAAGCCGAUGCGGAGAAGACGGAAGAGGAGAAGUUGUUCGUCAACCUGCCGAUCUACUUGAACAAUGAUCGUAGCGAUGUUAUGUUUACGGUGGAUCUACCGUUCGAUAGUGCGGCGGGAUCGUUGGUGGCGACGAGAGCUGUGUGUUUGACUGCCGGUGGUUAG